AUGACUGGACGCGGCAAAGGAGGCAAGGGUCUCGGCAAGGGUGGCGCCAAGCGUCACCGCAAGAUCUUGCGUGACAACAUCCAGGGUAUUACCAAGCCCGCUAUCCGCCGUCUCGCCCGUCGUGGUGGUGUCAAGCGUAUCUCCGCCAUGAUCUACGAGGAGACCCGUGGUGUCCUCAAGUCCUUCCUCGAGUCGGUUAUCCGUGAUGCCGUCACCUACACCGAACACGCCAAGCGCAAGACCGUCACCUCGCUCGAUGUCGUCUAUGCCCUCAAGCGCCAGGGCCGUACCCUCUACGGUUUCGGUGGUUAA